AUGGGGAACCAAGGGUCCAAAGAAGGGGCCAAAAAGAUCACAUUUGGUCUGUCACCAUAUUUGGGGUUCUACACCAUCCACAUGAAAGCUCAGAAAACUAAAGACAAAUCCGCCGUCAAGGCGCUGUGGAACAAGGUGAACAAAUCCGCCGACGUGGUCGGAUGUGACACCCUUGGCAGGCUGUUCACCUGCUACCCUCAGACCAAGACAUACUUCUCCCACUGGUCCGAUCUCACACCGGGCUCUGGGCCCAUCAAGGAACACGGCAAAAUCAUCCUGUCUGGUGUGUGCCUGGCUGUGGAAAACAUCGAUGACAUCACCAAAGGCCUGCUGGAUCUGAGUGAGAAGCACGCCUUCCAGCUCAGGGUCGACCCAUCCAACUUUAAGUUUAUGGCCCACUGCCUCAUGGUCGUCAUCGCCACCUUGUUCCCGAAAGACUUCACCCCUGAGGUCCAUGCCUCUUUUGACAAAUUCAUGGACUGUGUUGCUCAGGCUCUGUCUGAGAAGUUCCGUUAAAAAAAUUUGACUGAAGCAUGUAACUACUGCUUAAAGAAUGGCUAAAUAAAAUGCAUUCAAACAACUCAACACAA